AUGGUCAAAAAUGACAAGGAAGAGGCUCCCACAGACAAACGCGUUAUCUGGCUUGAGCAACGCAUCAGCACUGCGCUUCGGCUAAAGGCAAUCGAUUCAAAAAAGUUCUUGGAUAAUGAAGAAAAUCGUGCGCAAAUUGCUGAGUUCCUUGACGUUGCAGAUGCACAGCAUCUCUAUGUAUAUCAAGUAUCCGGUGGCACACUUUUGGCAAGGAAUGAUGCCCCUGAUGAAAUUAAGAAGAAGGGCAUGUACUUUAGCAAAAUGAAACGUGAAAAGAUAACGGAUGACAACCACAUGAAGGAUGUCAUCACGUUUGGUGAUUUAAUCCCAGACACUAUUGGCUCCAUCAACACAUUUACGCGUGAUGUUUACGCUUCAAUCUUGAAGGCUGACAAACGCAACAUGAGCAGCAUCCCAGACGUGGCAGUUGACGAGCUUAUGAGUGAUACCAACGAUCUUAUAGGCAAACUUCUUGUGACCCUUGGCCUCUCUCAAGGUAAGACAUUGCUUCCCGUACCGAAUGUAGAGUUGCCUGAAAGCAUCGACGACACUGCAAUCGACAAGGAGUUGCUGUAUACACUUGAAAAUUCAAUUGUAGCGUGGUCUUCUCAAAUCAAGGCAGCUAUUUCUUCUUCUCCAGAGGAGUUAGAGGCGGCGGCCACACGGACUGGCCGUUACCCUUCUCCUGUGGACGAAAUUACGUUUUGGAAGAACAAGUCGGAAAAUCUGAUGAAUCUUGAGGAGCAGCUGUAUUCUGUGAAAUCGCUCAAAAUUCUAGUCAUAUUGAAACGGGAAAACAGUAGCUAUUACACAUCGUUCAAACAGCUCAUGGACUUGCUCAAAGAGGCCUCUUAUGAGGCUUCUGAUAACUAUCGCUAUUUGAAGCCUUUGAUUCCAGAGUUUGAGCAGAUAUGCAUGCAGAGUCGCACCACCAUGCCGUUUGUGGAACUUGCCAGUAGUGGCAUCUUCAAGCGGCUUUUUCAUUUUUUGUAUGUUCUUUGGACGCAGUCUGGCUUCUACAACACUACCUCCCGCCUUGUUUUUUUGAUACGCGAGAUGGGUAAUGCGCUUAUUGAGAUGGCCGCUGACUACAUCAACGUAGCUGAGCUUGCAGGGGGCUUCGAAAAGAGGGAGGUAAUUGAACGCUUGAGUACGACUUUAGCCAUCUGUGGUGAUUUCAAAUCGUGCUACUUCCAGUACAAGUCGUAUGUGGCAUCAGUGGCCCGUCCGUGGAAAUUUCAGAAUGCCGCCCUAUUUGCCCGUUUGGACGUUUUCCUAGAGCGUUGCCAUGACCUCUUGGAUAUCAUUGAAACGGCGCUAUUGUUUGACAAGAUGGAAAAUAUGAAAAUCGGCGGAACACGUGGUCAGCAGCUCACGUUGGAGGUUGAAGAUAUCAAAGAAAAAUUUAGUACUGCACUUAGCAACUUCUUCAGCGUGAAUUACGACCUUUUGGAUAUCACAAACACGUCUUUUGACGGCGACUAUGAGAAGUUAAAACACACGAUCCAUGAGCUGGAGGAACGUCUCGGCACCAUUCUUAUCACCACCAUUGAGGAAUCUAAGGCAAUUACAGAGGUUUUCAAAGCCGUAGACACAUUUGACGGCUUUAUUGACCGACCCCUUGUUCAACAGGAGUGGGUGAAAAAGCAAGUUGGUGUGCUCAAGAGCUUCCAUCAGGACCUCCUUGCAGUACAAGAUAUCUUCUACUGGAGCGACGCCUCCGGGGCGUACCGUAAUAUGCCACCAGUUGCCUCAGCGGUCGUGCGUAGUAAGGCGUUGCUGGAUCGAAUCAGUGAGAGCUACAAUCGCGUGGUCGAGCUCUCACAGAGCGUUCUAGAGAGCGAGGAGGGCAAGGAGGUGAUGCUAUUGUACAUGAAGAUACGUGCCAUGCUGCAAAACAACAUCAGUGAAAAGAGCGAGCAGUGGGCUUCUGAAGUAGGCACUAUCAGUAGCCAAAAACUGCAUCUUCCUCUUUUGUCAUUGGACAGCUCCAACCAGCUCAAGGUUAAUUUCGACCCGAUCCUUGUGAAAACAUUGCGCGAAGUUUAUUAUCUCGAGGUCAUGAACUCCUACAACGCUACUGGUGUGCAAAUGUUUGAGGUGCCGAAUGAGAUACAGUCCAUUUUCGCUAAGCGCGAUAUGUAUCGUUCACAGGUGCUGAAGCUAGACUAUGUAUGCACUACUUAUAACAAUCUCAACGCGAGCCUCCGUGAAGAUGAUGAACGUCCGCUCAUUCAGGAGGAGCUAGAUGCUCUUGAAAACUACAUUAAGCGUGCCAUCAACGAUGUGCGCUGGGAAGAUGAAGUUGCCUCAAACGAAUACAUCGAAAAGGCUGUUAGAGAAGUGGGUGCGAUCGACAAAGUUGUUUCCACUUUGCACUUGAAUGUCGUUGGUAUAAAAGACUUAAUUAUGGAAUACAGGAAAGCCGACACUCUGUUUCCUCUCAAUCCGAGCCGCGGUGACACCACUAUGACAGAACUUGAGCUACGAAAAGUCCUUGAGGAGCAUAUUCAAAUGUACCGCAAAGACCUUAAGACUCGCGGAGAAAAAAUCCACUUACUUAUACAGAACAGUCUCAGCACUCUAAAUGAGCUCAAGGCAUCUUCUGGCAAGGGUAUCAUAAGUGUGGACAACGAAAUAUGGCAAAUGUACCUCGAAUACGUCAACUAUGAAUUAAAAGAGUCGUUGUGCUCCACUGUUGUUGAGUCGCUUGAAAAAAUAAAAAAGCAGAUCAAUCCGGAAUGGCUUAUUGAGCAGGAUGGAAUUCCACUUGUGGAUAUAAAAUUAUGCUUGUCAAAGAGCACUCCUGAGCGACCAAUAGUUGAAUCGAGGUUUGAGCCAGCACUGACCUCAGGAGGUGAGGGUUCCCGAUCGAUUCAGACGUUGUUCGAAAAUUUCAUUCAUGGGAUUGAGGAAGCCACCGGUUUGAUUGAACCUAUCUAUGGUUCAACAUCAUACAACGACGAAGUACACGAAAAUGAUGGGGUACAACGGUCUCUUGCAGAGAUUAUGAUUCUACUAGAACAGAACAACGAAGCAUGCGAGGAGUAUCGUCGCAUUUACGACGAAUUCAAACAUCUCUGGAGCACAAAUCGGAAGGAGGCUUUUGAUAUGUUUAUCAACAAAGAUGCCUCAAUGAACCGCCGUGCUAGCUUAUCUGUGGAUGAAAGUAGCAUAAUGCAUGUUCAGGGCCCUAAGGAAUACUUUGAGGUGAGUCUCCAAGAGUUUGACAGAGCUAUAACAGAGUAUGGUCGCAUUUGUAAUCGCCUUGCUUCGAUUGAGGACCGUCAUCGCAUUGGGUUUGUUUCCAUUGAUGUGAAGCCAUUGCGUAUAGCGUUACGUGACAUCUGCAAAAAGUGGAGGGAUAUGUUUUCUGAUUAUCUCAUGGAGAAGAUUAAGAGUGACCUUCAGGAGUUGUUCACAUUCAUGAAGGAGGCUGACAAGGGUUUGGAUGUCGAGGUAUUGGAUGGCGAUGUGGAUUCCCUCAAGUCAGUCAUGCGCUGGAUUCGUGGCUGUCAUAAGCGUAACUUGGAAGUCAUGGGUGAGGAUGAAACUGGCGAGACAACCGGUAUGUUCCCGCCGAUUCAGGCUGCUAUUCGUAUGCUAAAGAUCCAUGCUAGCACCUCUCCUGAUGCGGAAGUCGAACUGGCUAAGAUUGAAAAGCUCGAGGAGUUGCGUAAGCCCGCCCCAGAUCUAUGGUUUGCGCUCAACAAGAAGGCACUAAACGCGCGUGCUCAAAACUCUAUUGUGCAAGAUCGUGAGGCAGAGAAGAUCAAGGAAAGUGUUAUCCUUUUUGAAAACAAGAUUAAGGAUGAAGUUGAUUUUUUCCAUCGAAAUGCACUUUUUACUUAUACAAUUUCGAGGGAUUCUGUUUAUGACGAAAUUGACCACGUGUAUAGCCAUUUCAUUGAGCUCGAGACUGAAGCAAAGGAGCUGCAGAAUCUUCAAGAUCUCUUUGAUCUGGCUAUUUCUCAUUUUCGAGAUAUUCGCUCUUGUCGCCAAGAGUUGAUGCUUUUAAAGCAGGUAUGGGACUUGAGCUUUCAUGUCAUCUCAGAGUUCACGGAUUGGAUGCGUUCAACCUUCAAAAACGCUGAUAUUUCUCAUUUUGAGGACGAAUGCAAGAAACUUUCCAAGCAGUUGCAACAGCAACCUAUGAAAGUGAAAAGUUGGGACGUUUUCAAAGGUGUGGACGAACAAGUGCGCAAUAUGCGCACUUCUCUCCCUCUUUGUGAAUCACUCAGUUCCCCUUCUAUGCGUCCUCGGCAUUGGGAAGAGUUAGUCACUGCCACAAAGCAGCCCUGCACUAUCGAGCCUACAUCAAAUGAUUUCACCCUUGAGAAACUCUUUUCUCUUGGUCUGCAUAAUUAUUCGGAAGAGGUUCUUAACAUCGUUGAGAAGGCUGAUAAGGAAUUGCGUAUCGAGAAGAAUCUCACUAAAAUCAUUGAGGCCUGGGGGAAGCUAUCCUUUACCUACAGGAAGGAUGAGUAUAUGGAUUGUUAUCUUUUGGAGCCUGUGGAUGACAUAGUAGAACAGCUUGAGACUGAUAACAAUGCGUUAUCAUCAAUGUUGUCUGAUCGCUUUGUCGAAUACUUCUAUCAAAAGGUCAUCGAUUGGCAAAAAAAGCUUGGUCUAGUCGACACGUGCAUCACCAGAUGGAUGGAGAUCCAGAGACAGUGGCAGAAUCUUUACCCCAUUUUUGUCCUUUCCGAGGAUAUUAAAAUUCAGUUACCAGAGGACGCCAAAAACUUUAGUGAGGCGGACCGUGUGUUCCGUUUGUUGAUGGAUAAGGCCCAUCGGUACCUCAAUGUCAUCGAAGUCAUUUGCACCAACAAACUCAGAGAGGAUCUUGCUCGAGAUCAAGAACUGGAGCAGACUUUGACGUAUAUUCAGUCAAUCCUUUCAAAGUGUGAAAAGGCGCUGGCAGACUAUCUCGAGACCAAACGUAAGAUAUUUCCACGGUUCUUCUUCGUCUCUGACACAGAUCUCAUUGAUAUCCUUUCCAAGGGCUCUGAUCCCCGCGCAGUGAUGGUCCAUAUGAGUAAGAUUAUCGACUCUGUAGAUAGCUUUACUUUCGACCAAAACCCACACCCGAAUGCCAGAGAUAUUGAGGCAUGGGAAAUGGUUUCUAUUCAAGGGGAGAGAGUUGCUCUUGUGGAUAGCUUUGCCUGUGUGGGUGAGGUCGAAGUUUGGUUGGAAGGCAUCGUGAAGUGUAUGAAACGUUGCGUGCGGCACCAUAUCAAGGAGGCCAAUGCUAGUUACAUUGAGAAACCUCGUAAUGAGUGGAUAUACCAAUACCCUUGCCAGGCGGUGAUAGUCGCCUCUCGUAUUUGGUUCACAACUGAAGUUCAUCAGGCGUUCACUCGAAUCGAAGAAGGAAAUGAUAUGGGCCUGAAGGAUCUUCUCAAGAGUCAAAAAAUUCAACUUGACAGCCUCAUCAAGGAAGUUCUCUUGGAACGCUCUGCCAAUGAUCGCAAGAUGCUGGUACACCUCAUUACCAUUGACGUACACAACCGUGAUAUUGUCCAGGCCAUGGUCGACGAGCGUGUUGACUCAGUGGAGUCGUUCAGUUGGCAAUCUCAGUUACGUUACUAUUGGGAGGAAACUAGGGGUAAUGAGAUCCGCAUAGCCGAUGCUGAGUUCAUCAAUGACUGCGAAUAUAUUGGACUGUGUGGGUGUCUUGUGAUCACAAAACUCACGGAUCGCUGCUAUAUUACUCUUACGCAAGCUCUUCGCUUGAAACAAGGUGGUGCUCCUGCUGGUCCCGCUGGAACAGGUAAAACCGAAACUACCAAGGAUCUUGCCCGCAACAUGGGAGUUGCUUGUUACGUUUUUAAUUGCUCUGAUCAAAUGAACUACAUUACUCUUGGCCAGAUUUUCAAAGGAUUGGCUAUGUCUGGCUCGUGGGGCUGCUUCGAUGAGUUCAACCGUAUCUCCAUUGAGGUUCUUUCUGUUGUAGCUACACAGGUAGGCUCUAUUCUUAAUGCGCUCAAGGAACGGAAGAAGCGCUUCCGUUUUAUUAGUGAAGAGAUUUCCAUUAAGCCGUCUGUGGGCAUGUGGAUCACGAUGAAUCCCGGCUAUGCUGGUCGUACUGAGCUCCCUGAGAACAUUAAAUCACUCUUUCGUCCUUGUGCCAUGUGCGUGCCGGAUCUAAAGAACAUUUGCGAGAUCAUGCUAGCCGCGGAGGGUUUUGGUGAUGCCAAGGAUCUCGCCCUCAAAUUUGUGACACUGUAUCGCCUAAAUAAGGAGUUACUGUCACCACAAGAUCACUACGAUUGGGGUUUGCGUGCUGUGAAGUCAGUACUUUAUAUUGCUGGCGCUCUCAAGCGUGGUGACCCGGGUCUGCCGGAGCGCAACGUGCUAAUGCGCGCGCUGCGCGACACCAAUAUGGCUAAGUUGAGUAAGGAUGAUGUGUAUGUGUUCAUGGGCCUCAUCCGCUCCCUGUUUCCGAACCUGGAUGUCCCCAAGAAGGACAAGCCGACUCUGGUAGCAGCAUGUAAGGAGGUCUGCAAGGAGCAGGGAAAUCUGCCGGGCGAAAAUGACAUUUUUAUACUCAAGUGCGUGCAGUAUGAGGAGCUGUUACAUGUCCGCCACUCUGUCUUCAUUCUAGGUGCCACUGGCUCUGGCAAGACUGAAUGCUGGCGAUGCCUUAUGGGUGCGCUUACCAAACUUUACCAGGAUGAGUGGAAGGCGAAAGCAGUAGCUUCUUGUCUUAAUCCCAAGGCUAUUUCAUCUAAUGAGCUCUACGGUUACUUUACGCCGCAAAAAGAGUGGCGUGACGGCAUCCUCUCGAGCAUCUUCCGCGACUACGCAGUGGAGUCCAAGAAAAAGAAAAACAUGAAGUGGAUCGUGCUGGAUGGUAUUAUCGAUGCCGAGUGGAUUGAGUCGAUGAACACCGUUAUGGACGAUAACAAGAUGCUUACCCUCGUCUCCAACGAACGCAUACCUUUAACUGACUCGAUGCGCAUGAUAUUUGAAGUUUCGCAUCUUCGCAAUGCUUCACCGGCCACUGUUUCACGUGCUGGUGUAAUAUAUAUCAAUGAGAGUGAUCUGGGUUGGGGCCCUUUCAAGGACAAAUGGAUAACGACGCGUGAACGACGCGAAGCCACUAUUCUGGACAACUUAUUUGAUAAAUAUGUCCCGAUCGUUUUUGAGUUCUGGAAUCGUUCGAUGCGGACGGUAGUGCCAAUCAUGGAUAUUAACGUUGUGCAGACGAUUUGCUUCCUCCUUGAGGGUAUUUUGAACACAAUGCCUCAAGAUGAAUUUUUGAAGCACCCUAACGCAUUUGAAGCGUAUGAAAAGUACUUUGUCUUUGCCCUUAUUUGGGCCUUUGGCGGUCCACUGCCGAGCUCAGAUGGCCGAAUCGAUAUGCGUCUCAACUUUUCAAACUAUUGGAAGAAGGAGUUCCCUAAUAUGAAGAUCAGCGAAAAUGGAUCUAUCUUUGACUUCUAUAUUGAUAAAUCCAAAGACGAGAAUGGUGUGCCGGUUUAUGAGUGGAAGCCUUGGGCUGAACUGGUCCAAUCGUAUGUCCCCGACCCUGAUGUCCAGUUGUCCACGGUGUCCGUACAAACCACUGACACGGUUCGCAUGUCCUACUUGAUGAGCCUUUUCAUUGAUAACGCAAGGGGCGUCAUGCUCGUGGGUACGGCUGGUACUGGAAAAACCAACUUGAUCAUGUCCAAGCUGCAUUCUCUUGACAACUCAAAGAUCUUUUGCCGCACGAUUGCUUUUAACGCCCGUACGACAUCCGCUGGGUUGCAAAACGUUAUGGAGCAGUCUCUCGAAAAGCGAUCUGGCCGUACUUAUGGUCCAUUCAACCGCAAGAAACUCAUCUUUUUCCUAGAUGAUAUGAACAUGCCUGCGCCCGAUAAGUACGGCACACAGGAGGCGAUAGCGCUCUUGCAGCAGCAUGUUGGCUAUGGUUUCUGGUACGAUCGUGUUAAGAUUGUUCAGAAGGAAAUCGUUGACGUGCGGUACGUUGGCGCUAUGAAUCCCAAGUCCGGUACCUUCACGAUUCUUGAUCGCCUCCUGCGGCAUUUCGCCGUUUUCUCAACGAACAUGCCUGAUAGAGAUGACUUGGUUAGCAUUUAUGGGCAGAUUCUUCAAAGCCAUACAAAGGCAUUUCCACGUGAUAUUCGAGAUACCCUUACAACACUGAUCACAAAUGCAACCAUUGAGCUUCAUUACAACGUCGUGAAGCAAUUCUUUCCCACUGCGAUCAAGUUCCAUUAUCAAUGGAAUAUGCGAGAAAUGUUUAACAUAUUCCAAGGUUUGUGUAAGUCUGACCCUAAGUUACACACAAAAAGCGUGCAGCUGGUGCGGUUGUGGGUGCAUGAGUGCAGACGCACCUUCCGUGACCGAAUGGGAGAUGAUGAGGAUAUGAAACGAUUUGACGCCUUGAUGCUUGAGGUCUACACACGCGCGGGCUUUAGUGAUGUGAGCUCGAAAGAGGCUUUGGCGGAGCCAUUGCUUUGGGCCCCAUUCUACACCACAAAGGGAGGUGAGGAGAAUGUCUACAACGAAACCAACUACGAAGAGGCUGGCGCGUUUCUGCGUAAAAAGUUAGCUGAGUAUAAUGAUAACUACGCUGAGAUGAAUCUCGUUCUCUUCAACCAAGCUAUUGAGCACGUCUGUCGCAUUUCCCGUAUCACAUCCAACCCGAGAGGCAAUGCUUUUCUUGUGGGAAUCGGCGGCUCCGGUAAGCAGUCCUUGGCCCGUCUCGCAUCGUACAUCAACGGUCACGACGUUUUUCAGAUUUUGGUUACUAGCACUUACGACAUCACUGACUUCCGUAACGACAUGCAGGAGUUAUAUCGGAAGUGCGGUCUUAAGGGUUACCCCUUUGCAUUUAUUCUCACUGACACACAAGUUGUUUCACUCGAGAUGCUUGUGUACUUGAAUGACAUGCUGAGCAGUGGAAACGUGCCGGAGCUCUUUAACCAAGAUGAGCGCGAUGGCAUUGUUGCUUCCAUUGUGAACGAGGUGAAGGCAUCUGGCGUAACGGAGUACUCCAAUCCCGAUGUGUGUUGGGAAUACUUCAUUCACAAAGUCCGUUCAAACCUGCACAUUAUCCUAUGCUUUUCUCCUGUGGGUAAGAACUUCGCGCGGUGGUGUCGCCAAUUCCCAGCGCUCGCUAACACCACUGUAAUCGACUGGUUCCUAAGCUGGCCUGAACAAGCGCUCAGGUCUGUGGCUCAGCGCUUUCUCUCCGAGAUCGAGCUUGGUGGCGAGGAGGCAACCGCUAAUAUUGCCAAUUACAUGUCUUUCUGUCAGGUGAAGGUGACCGAGAUGUGCGAGGAGUACUAUGCACAGGAAAAGCGUUAUGCGUAUACAACACCAAAAACUUUCCUAGAGCUCAUCGCUCUGUAUAAAGAUUUACUGAUUAAAAAACGAAACGAAAAUAGUGAUAAAACCCAGCGACUACUUAACGGUAUUAACAAAAUCAAAGGUGCUGGAGUGCAGGUGCAGGCGUUGCAAGAAGUGCUUCAUCGCGAAAGUGUCGAGGUUGAAGAGGCCCGUCAGAAAACCAAUGCGCUGUUAGAAACCGUUGGACGCGAGAAGUCUAUUGUGGAAGAACAGAAUGCGAUUGCCGCGAAAGAGGAGAGCAAGACUAACAAGAUUGUCGAGGAAGUUACCUCGUUCGAACAGCAAUGCCAGGAGGACCUGGCCAAGGCACAGCCACUAGUUCAGGAAGCCUUGGCUGCCCUCGACACACUUGACAAGGCCUCCAUCGCUGAGCUCAAGAACCUCGGAAAGCCACCAGAAGAUGUUCAGAUGGUUGCCAUUUGCGUACUUGUGCUGACAGCGAACCCCAGGGCUAUUCCUAAUAUGAAGCAACGCACGUGGAACGAGUGCAAGAAAAUGAUGAACCAGGUGGAUCGAUUUCUCACAGAAUUGCGAAACUUCGAUGUCAAUAACAUCCCGCAGGCUUGCAUUGAUCAGAUCCAGGUGUACAUCACCAAUCCUGCCUUCAAUCCCGAUAACAUACGGUUCAAAUCAUUUGCUGCAGCCGGUUUGUGCAAGUGGGCGAUUGGUAUGAAUCGUUACCAUAUUGUUCGUUGUCAGGUUCGACCCAAAGAAGAGCGUCUUGCCGAGGCGCAACAGCGACUCACGACGAGCCGAGCUGCUUUGAAGAAGAUUCAAGACAAGGUGGCUGACCUCCGUUCUAAACUCAAUGCGCUCGUGAGCCAGUAUGAUGAGGCCGUCGCUGAAGCGAAUCUUAUCAAAGCGAAGGCGGACAAAACGCAGAUGAAAAUGAACUUAGCGCAGCGCCUUGUCUCCGGGCUGUCCGACGAGAGUGUCCGCUGGGGGAACACCAUCAACGACCUUAAGCACACUGCUUCGCUGUUAGUUGGUGAUGUUCUUUUGUCCUCCUCGUUUGUGUCGUAUAUUGGUCCUUUUUCAGGGGCCUUCCGUGAGCGCAUCGUGCAUGGAGAGUGGGUUCCAUACAUAAAGCAGCUGGGCAUACCCAUGACCGAAUCUUUGGAUCCAACCAUGGAUGUGCUUACCACCGAAGCUGCAGUUGCCUCCUGGAAUAAUGAGGGCUUACCGUCGGAUCGCGUUUCGACCGAGAACGGUGCUAUCAUGACAAACUGCUUGCGAUGGCCACUACUGAUCGAUCCGCAGUUGCAGGGUGUGUGCUGGAUUCGCACUCGCGAAGAAAAGAACUCGCUGCGCGUUAUUCAAACCUCCCAAAAGAACUGGCAGCAUGUGUUGCAGAGUUGCAUCGAGGAUGGCACUCCUUGUCUUAUUGAGUCUCUUGGUGAAUUCAUUGAGCCGGUGCUCGAUGGAGUUCUUAGUCGCCAGGUCUUUAGGAAGGGCGGUAAACAGUUUAUCAAGCUCGGUGCCUCUGAGGUAGAGUACAAUCCUAACUUCCGUCUUAUACUCCAAACAAAGUUGGGCAACCCGCACUAUGGCCCAGAGGUGAAUGCGCAGACGACCCUUAUCAACUUCAUGGUCACCGAGGAUGGCCUGGAGGAUCAGUUAUUGGCCGUCGUGGUGAGCCAAGAACGUCCUGACCUGGAGAAACGGCGUGGUGCGCUGUUGCGACAGAUGAACAUUAUGACGAUUGAGCUACAACAAUGCGAGGAUGGCCUUUUGUAUGAACUAACAAACGCCACUGGGGAUAUCCUUGAGAAUAUCACCCUUAUUGAGAACCUUGAAAACACAAAGAAAAAGGCGAAGGAGAUCAACGCAUCCUUUACGCAGGCGGUGGCAACGCAAAAAGAUAUUGCACAAAACCGCCUGAGCUAUGCUGACGUGGCAGCGCGCGGCUCGCUGCUCUUCUUUCAAAUGGAUCAGCUCUGGCGCAUUGAUCACAUGUAUCAGUAUUCUUUAGACACCUUCAUGGUUGUCUUCAACAAGGGUCUUAUGGCGGCGGCACAUCCAGAAAACAAGAAGAACGUGGAGGCGCGUGUGCAAAAUGUCACCACUUCUAUUACUGAAAGUGUGUUUGCCUACGUUUCUCGUGGUCUUUUCGAGCGUCACAAGCUCAUUUUCUCGAGCUUGCUAACCUUUUCGAUUCUUAGCCGUUCCAAGCAAACGAACCCUUUGCAGCUGGACUUCCUGCUGCGAGGAAAGAAGAAGGCUGGGACGGAGAGGCCCGAGACUGUGGCGGAAUGGUGUACCCAGCCCGCAUGGGAUGCGGUACAGGCCCUCGCCGAGGUUGAGGGCUCCACCCCAGAGUUCAGUCUCCUUCCAGGUGACAUGGCGGAAAACAACCGCUGGAUGCAAUGGUGUGAGACAGAGAAGCCAGAGAAUGAGAAAAUGCCCGCCGAGUGGAAGAGCUUGAGCGACUUUGAGCGGCUACUGGUCUUGCGUUGCCUGCGACCUGACCGCCUGACGGCUGCCCUUGAGGCCUUUGUGAGCAAGUCGAUUGGCCGUUUCUUUGUUUCGGAUCAGGCGGUCGACAUUUCAGUCUCCUUUAACAAUUCCAGCACUUCCACUCCGCUCUUCUUUAUUCUUUCACCCGGCGUGGAUCCUAUUAAGUCCGUAGAGGAGCUAGGCCGCAAGCUUGGUUUUACCUAUGAUAAUGAGAAGCUCUACAAUGUGUCCCUCGGCCAGGGCCAGGAGGUGGUAGCGGACCGUGCACUAGAGAGGUGCUUCAUUGAGGGUGGUUGGGCAAUGCUAUCAAAUAUUCACCUUGUUGAAAAGUGGCUUCGUACCCUAGAGCGUCGAUUGGACACAUAUGCGGAGACAUAUACGCGCAUGGCGCAGCUUCGCAAGGAAGUUGCAGAGCGAAAGGCAGCCGAGUUGGCAAACGCGGCAGCUAAUGCUACUGAGGCGCCUUCCGCGACCGACAAGGACCGUGAGAGUGGCGGUAGUGACGACAGCGAGUCCCUAGGUGAGCAGAGUGGUACUAGAAACGAGGACGGAGAGGCGGUCGACGAGGAACAGGAGCAGAAGGGCGAGGUGGCUAUUCAUGUUUCUGAUGAAGAGAUCCCGUUUGAGGGUCAGAAGGGUCACCCUGACUUCCGUGUCUUCCUCACUGCGGAGCCGUCGGAGGUGAUCCCGAUUGGCGUUCUACAGCGCUCAUUGAAGCUAACAUCGGAGCCGCCUACGGGCAUUCGUCAAAACAUUGUGCGUGCCCUCUCUAACUUUAGUGAUGAGCCGUGGGAAAAGAGUGCGAAGCCUACGGAGUACCGCUGCAUUAUGUUUGCCAUGUGCUUUUUUCAUGCUGUUGUGGUGGAGCGCAAGAAGUUUGGCCCUCUUGGCUGGAACCGUGGUUACCCCUUCAAUUCUGGUGACCUUACAACUUGCAUGGAGGUUGCUGCCAACUAUAUCGAGGACCGCCCAAGGGUACCUUGGGAAGAUCUGCGCUAUGUCUUUGGUGAAAUCAUGUACGGAGGACAUAUUACAGACGACUGGGAUCGUGUCCUGUGUAUGGCGUAUCUCAAGAGCUUCAUCGUCCCAGACUGUUGCGAUGGCCUACAACUUGCGCCAGGGUUGUUGAUACCCAAUCCAUGCAGCUACCAGGAAUACAUGCAGUGGCUUACGCAGGACAGGGAAUUUCCGACUGAAUCGCCGCUUCUCUAUGGUCUUCAUCCUAAUGCUGAGAUCAACUAUCGUACGACGCAGGCGGAUGUUCUCUUCAAAACUAUUAAUGAGCUGCAGCCCAAGAAGCACGUUGGUGGCAAUAUGCUCAGCCCACAGGACAUUGUGCAGCAAAAGCUUGAUGAAAUUCGCGAGCGGUUGCCAGAACCACACAACCUUCAGGACUUAGCGGAGCGCCUCGAGGAUGACCGAUCACCACAGCAGCACGUUUUCUAUCAAGAAUGUGAACGCAUGAAUUUCCUCAUUGAUACUCUGAAGGUUACACUAGAGGAGCUUAACCUUGGUCUAAAAGGUGCCCUUUCCAUGACAUCUGGCAUGCAGGAGCUAUUCGAUCAGAUCUUCCUCGAUAAGAUGCCAGAGAAGUGGGCCCGCGUGUCCUUUAUGUCCCAGCGCAUGUUGGGGUCUUGGGUUGACAACUUCCUCGCCCGCAACGAGCAGCUUAUCAGUUGGAAUGUGGACUUGCAGACACCUAAGGUGACUAACAUAGCUCUCUUUUUUAAUCCCAUGUCCUUUCUGACUGCCAUUAUGCAAACUAUCUCCAUAAUCAACAGUUUCGACCUCGACCAGAUGGCACUCGUUGUGGACGUGUUGAAGAAGUCUGCGGACCAGAUCGAGACCAGCGCACGCGACGGGUGCUAUAUCUGUGGUCUCUCAAUGGAGGGUGCACGCUGGGACACAACUACGGGUUGCAUUGAGGAUAGCCGUCUCAAGGAGCUUUAUCCACCGAUGCCAAUUAUGCAGGUGCGUUCCCUUCCUCUCAGCAAGAUUGAUCGCCGUGAUCAAUAUGAGUGUCCUGUCUACAAAACCCAGGCCCGUGGUCCGGGUUUUGUUGUCAGUUUCUUCCUCAAGACUAAGCAGCCUGCUCGUAAAUGGGUGAUAGCUGGCGUUGGGCUUUUGCUUGACGUGGUUGAGUAA